AUGGACAUUACAGGCUUUGCCUUGGUUGUUGGCGGAGGAAGUGGCAUCGGUCGGGAAUGUGCCCUUGCCUUCGCCGAGGAGGGCGCCUCGGGCCUCAUCGUGGCAGACCUCGACUUGCCGUCGGCGACCAAAGUGGCUGCCGAGGCCAACGCCCGCGCCGCCGCGAAAAACCCAGGCUUCAGAGCCACGCCCUUCAAAGUCGACGUCACCAACGAGGACUCGGUCAACCGACUCAUGGCUUGUGUCAAAGCCACCUCGGGGCGGCUGGAUUACUGCGUCAACUGCGCGGGCAUCGGCGUCGAGAGGGCGGCUCCCAUCACCGAGGCGAGCUUGGCAGAGUUCAACCGUUUUCUUGACGUAAAUGUCUCGGGCACGUUUCUGGUAACCCGCGCGGCGUCGUCGAUGAUGGCAGCUCAGGAACCAAUCAAGAACUCGCCAUCGCCGGUCCGUGGCGCGAUCGUCAACAUGGGAUCUGCGGCGUCGUUCGUCUCUACGCCACAGAUGGUGCAGUACACCACGUCCAAGCACGCCAUCCUUGGCCUGACUAAGAAUGCCGCUUUGGACAAUGCGGCGUUGGGCAUCCGAGUCAACUGCAUCUGCGCGUCUUGGGUGGACACGCCCAUGGUUCGCAAGGCGAUUGAUCAAGUCCCCGAUCUCGAGAAACUUAUCCAGUCGGCGGUCCCCAUGGGCCGAAUGGCGCAUGCCAAAGAAAUUGCCGACUCGGUCAUGUUUCUAUGCAGCCAGCGCUCCAGCUUCAUCACAGGCUGCGGGCUUAUCGUGGAUGGGGGGACCACGUUGACAACCAAGGGCUACAUCACCAAUGGUUUCCCAGCUGCCGGCCUGCCUCGAACGCAGCGCCACAUCACAGGCCAUGACACUGAAGGCAAGUCUGUGUUUCUGGUUACCGACUGUGGCUCUCACCAUCGUAAUAUGGGUGACAACCAGGCCGUCGCAAAUAUCCUGUACUCAACCAAAGAGACACCCAUUGAGUGUAAUGGCGAUGCCGACAUCAAGUUCGCUCAAGAGACCGAGGCGAGUUACACCCCAUCCCAGCCUCCACUCCAUUACCCCAAUGGCUCCGUCGUCCGUAUGAUUGAUUUUGGACCUGGAAUCGAGUCUCCACUUCACCGAGCUAUCUCGGUCGACUAUGGUGUUGUCAUCGAAGGAGUUUUUGAGCUCACCCUUGACUCUGGAGAGUCACGUAUCAUGCGCCCAGGGGAUGUCAGCAUCCAGCGAGCUACCUCGCAUAAAUGGAAGAACAUCACAGGAAAUGGCACAAUGCCUGGUAGAAUGCUUUGGGUACUUCUUCCAUGCAAUGACGUAGUCGUUGGUGGGAAGAAGAUGGAGGGAUUCUUGGGGCAUCUGGCAAAGGAAUAUGAAAGGGGUUGA